UUUCCGUACUAAUUGGGGAAAGCCCCCUCCGAAAUCUGUCGCUAACUGACCGAGGGGGUUGAUAUUCCAAGUAAAUGCUGCGCAGCCGGAUCCUUUAAGACCCCCUGGACCACGGUCUUCCCUGACCCCUCCAAAUGCGGCCUGCUUAUUACCCGAUCCCUCUGGGUGAACGAUUUUGUAUUUGAAACGAUAGAACUGGGAGAUAAUUGUGUAUUUCGAAUACUCUUAUGUACCACGUGACCGACUUCUUGGCAGAUCGGUCACAAAGGUGUCUUUAAACUAGAUUGUGUAGGCUUUCUAAGGAGCAGAUGGAGCAAUAUACAAGCAGCAAUGGCUCUCCAGAGCAAAUAGUGGUUCAGGCUGGACAGAUCCAGCAGCAGGUACAAGGUCAGCCGCUUAUGGUGCAGGUCAGUGGGGGGCAGCUAAUCACCUCCACUGGACAGCCUAUCAUGGUACAAGCUAUGGGUGGCCAAGGCCAGACUCUAAUGCAGGUGCCGGUAUCUGGAUCCCAAGGACUGCAGCAGAUACAGCUGGUUCAACCAGGUCAGAUUCAGAUUCAGGGAGGUCAGGCUGUACAGUUGCAAGCCCAGCAAGGGCAGCCCCAACAGAUUAUUAUCCAGCAACCACAGACGGCUGUAACUGCAGGACAAAGCCAGAACCAACAACAGAUAGCUGUUCAGGGUCAGCAAGUUGCACAGACAGCUGAAGGUCAGACUAUAGUUUACCAGCCUGUAAAUGCAGAUGGGACCAUUCUUCAGCAAGUGACAGUCCCUGUUACAGGAAUGAUCACCAUACCUGCUGCUAGCCUAGCUGGGGCUCAGAUUGUGCAGGCUGGAGCCAAUACCAGCACCACCAAUAGUGGCCAAGGAACUGUGACCGUAACUCUCCCUGUGACUGGCAACAUGAUGAACUCUGGAGGCAUGGUGAUGAUGGUGCCUGGUGCCGGGACUGUACCUACUCUCCAGAGGAUACCACUGCCUGGUGCUGAAAUGCUGGAAGAAGAGCCCCUCUAUGUGAAUGCUAAGCAGUAUCACAGAAUCUUAAAGAGACGACAAGCACGAGCUAAAUUGGAGGCUGAAGGAAAAAUCCCCAAAGAGAGGAGAGUGAGUGUUAGAAAAUAUUUACAUGAAUCCAGGCAUCGCCAUGCUAUGGCUCGAAAAAGAGGGGACGGUGGAAGGUUUUUCUCCCCUAAAGAAAGAGAGAGCAAUGAUUUACAGGAAGUGGAAUUUCAUUAGAAGCAAGGUGGAGCUGAACUGAGAAGCAAGGUGGAGCUAAUCUAAGUACAUUGCAUUUCCACUUCAGAAAUAGGUUGUCACAUAAUGGAGCAUGGGAUGCAUAGUAAUUUUUUUUAUCCUAACAUGAUUCAUCUCAGGGAAGAGUUUACCAUAUAAUGCCAUCACUUUGAUGUCUCAAGGAAUGCAACACAUGACAUCAGUCAACUCCUAUCUUCCUGUUAAUAUUUGAUCAAUUAGCUCCCUCUGCACUGCUCUUAUUAUGGAGUCUCCAAACAAUAACUUAAAUUACAGACCUCUGCAUGCAGGUUUUGAAUCAUUUGCCACAAGGGGUUACUGAGUGUGUAACUGUCUGUUUCUUGGACGAGCCCUCCAUUCAAACUGUCACUGCGUUAUGGGCCAAUAAAGGGAACUUCAUUUCUAGAACUGUUCACUAGGAUAGGAGAGCAUGCUAUUGCAGUGAAACUUUAUAGGCUUUUAGUCCAAUAUGUAUCAGACAGUGUAUUGUAUGUUGUCAUUGAAACAUUUGAUGUUUCUAAAGAGUUGUUUUUUUUUUGUUUUUUUUUUUAGAAGUAAUCUUGUUCAUGUUUGUAUAGCAAUACUUUACCUCUGCUUCAUUUUAGGGGUGCUUUGACUAGGGCUGUUAGCUUCAUUGUAUUUUGAUAUUGCAUUUUUGAGGGUGGUAAAUGUAUUUUGAGAUAAUACUUUCUUUACUUUUGCAACUUUGUACAUGAAAGGUUAUUAAUGCCAAUAUGAAUUUUCACGUCUGUUCUAAUAAUUUUGUUUUCUGCAUUUCAUUUUCCCCAUCUUCUAGGUAUUAAACAUAGUUUAGCUAACUUGCAGACAGUACUUUCAUGAACUUUUAUAUGUCCUAUAAAAACCUGAGUGUGUAGAAUCAGGGCCGUGUAGUACUCCUAAAUUUGUUACUUAUGAAAAUCUUUGUAAAUAUUUUUUUUCAGAACAGCAUUUUUUCUGUUAGCUGUAUUUGUACUGUGUACUCGCCCAGCUAAUAAAACUUUCUAACAGCAA